AUGGAAAUGGAGAACUCGAGACAACAUUUUUCCACUUACACUCUUGUCCAACAUCCAAAGGACACACUUCUAAGCACAGUCGCCAACAUCAUGAUUAAAGCAUCCAAUGAAGAACGAGGCACAGUAGCUGGGUUAGCAGCACUAUCAAAAGACCUCGAUGAUGUUGUUGCCGAUGCGGAUCAAGUGUACAUGCUCAGCCCUCGCCACCACCUGAAAGACCUGUCUACUGAUACUUACCGACUUCUUGCUGAGACUCUUUGUCUUCGAUUCCCUCUCACACCAGUUCACUGCCGCAUGGAUCGUCCACUUCUAUCUCAUAGUCUUCCUCUCAACUGGCAAGCCAUCUUUUUUGACUAUGUUGUCCUUCGUGGCAAGCACUAUUAUGCUUCUCGGACAACAGGAUCCAAUUGUUCGUCAUUUGUUCAUGUCAUCAUUCCAACCAAUGGGCCACCUUGUCAUGCUUAUGGCGAGAUCUUGGAAAAUUUCCAGUUUGACCAGAAUUUUCAUGGAGAAGGAAAUCCGAUGUGGUUUGCACGAAUGCGCUGGCUCAAAGGUUGGCGUGCAGAGCCAUCUCCAUGGGACAAGUUUUCAGUCGUGGAUGUAUGCCUUUGGGAGUUGGGGGAAUAUUUGGACCGUGACACUCAGCUACCGCAUCUUAUUGACCCAGACUGGGUGACAGGUCAGCUUGCUAUGAUGACUGUGUCCAUCGGUGAGAGCAAGACAAAGGUGUGGGCGACAAUUGACAUUUCAAAGUAA